AUACUUUUAAAUAUGCCAAAUCAAAAAAAGAAUCAGAAUAAACGGACUCGUGCUUAUGUAGAAGAAGUUUUUCGUCAAAUUGAACAAAAACCAGAUGUAACCGAUAUUAUGAUACUCAAUAAUAAGGGUAAUCCGGUUAAAACGACUAUGGAGAGUUCCUUAGCCAUACAGUACGCUGGUCUCUAUGAAAUAUUGCGCGACAAAGUUUGUAUGGGUUUACAGAAGAUGGAUGCACGUAAUGAAUUAAUUAUGCUUAGAUUAAGAACUACUAAAAAUGAGACCUUAAUAGUUCCGGAUGGUAAAAUUACUAUUGUCGUAACACAAAAUGCCAAAGAUGGUUUUCAAAAUGCCUAACCACUCUUUUAUUUUGAAAAAUUUUAAUUAUUUGUAUUAGCCAAAUGUUUUUUUUAACA